GGUCCUCUCUAUAAAAUGACCCUCACAAAAUCACUCUCAUAACACUCACCUCUCACUAUCACUCCACACUAUGGCUUCUUUUGGGAACCAACUCUCUUUCGUUUUUCUGUUGGUUCUUGUUAUCUCCCCCCAAAUCCAUGCCAGAGAAGGCAAGUUUUUCAGCUUGUUCACCCAUUUCAGAACCAUCUAUAAUGUCAAAGACCCUCUAGCUAAAUCUCCAACACUAGCACCAGAACCAGCACCAGAACCAACGACAGCACCAGGACCAGCACCAGAAUUAGUAACAGAACCAACACAAACACCAACACCAGCAUCAGCACCAGGACCUUCAAAUUCACAAGCAAUUGGAUCAACAAUACCAUCAGGGCCAGCACCAGAGCCUGAAUUUUUUGAAAGUGGAGAUGGUUAUGGCCUCUAUGGUAGGGGCUCUUAUAGCCAAUACUCUCCCACCAAGGAGACUCCUACCACCACCACCACCACAACCUUUGGAAAUGAGCUUCUCAAUGAAGACUUCAGUGAUGAGAGCCACAAAACUGGCUACCCCAAGACCAACUUCUACAACAACAAUGAAGAGUACAGAAACAAUGACAACACUAACGAAGAGUACAGGAAAAGUUACAGCAAGAAUUAUGUAGAUAACUAUUCCAACAACAACAAUGACAAGGAAAAUUACUACUACAACAACAACAACAACUACUAUAGCAGCAAUGGCUAUCAGGGGCAGAGAGAAGGAAUGAGUGACACAAGGUUCAUGAAGAAUGGCAAGUAUUUUUAUGAUAUAAAUUCUCAUAAUGAGAAUUAUAACCUUAAUGAGUUCGAAUCAGGUAGAGGGGGCACCGAAAAUGAAGGUUACUAUGAGAAAAAUCAGUAUCCAAAUGAGUUUGACACAAUGGAAGAGUAUGAGAGGCAGCAGGAACAACAAGGGUACACUCCUUGAUUUUUUUUUAUUUUUUAUUUUAUGAAGUGAGAGUGAGGGAUACACAGAAUGCUUGGACAUUGAAAAGAGAAUACUAAGUUAUGAGGUAAUUGUGAUGCUUUACUUUCUGUAGUUUCAUCCUUGAUCUCGCACAUUUCAUGUUUUGCUGAUCAAAGCGAUGGAAAGUAUGCAGUUUUAUCAUUUGUGCAGUGUGUGGUUAUAUCUUUGGUGUUUUUCAUUGGAAACUAUAUAGCGUUUGUGUUCAUGUAACAAUUAGGAGGCACAAGACUUAAUGCCUUUGUUAUAUUAUGACAAUUUUUCUGCCUUUAA